GCCUGAGGUCGGAGCCAGGAGAAGCAGUGGUUGGCCCGGACUCAGGGCGUUUCUCAGAGCGUCCAAGUCACGUGUUCCAGGAGGACUCGGUCAGGUGCUGGGGUUGCAGGAAAACCUCCUAAAGAUGAAGCAAGCUUCCCCCAAAGCUUCAACUCUGGAGGCGAUGGGUCGAAAGGAAGACGAUGACGGCAGCUCCUGGAAGAAACAGACCACGAACAUCCGGAAAACCUUCAUCUUCAUGGAAGUGCUGGGAUCAGGAGCUUUUUCAGAAGUUUUCCUGGUGAAGCAAAGGCUGACAGGGAAGCUCUUUGCCCUGAAGUGCAUCAAGAAGUCACCUGCCUUCCGGGACAGCAGUCUGGAGAACGAGAUUGCCGUGUUGAAAAAGAUCAAGCAUGAAAACAUCGUGACCCUAGAGGACAUCUAUGAGAGCUCCACUCACUACUACCUGGUCAUGCAGCUUGUUUCUGGCGGGGAACUCUUUGACCGGAUCCUGGAGCGGGGUGUCUACACAGAGAAGGAUGCCAGCCUGGUGAUCCAGCAGGUCUUGUCAGCAGUGAAAUACCUCCACGAGAAUGGCAUCGUCCACAGAGACUUAAAGCCUGAAAACUUGCUGUACCUAACCCCUGAAGAGAACUCGAAGAUCAUGAUCACAGACUUUGGUCUGUCCAAGAUGGAACAGAGUGGAGUCAUGUCCACUGCCUGUGGGACCCCAGGCUAUGUGGCUCCGGAAGUGUUGGCCCAGAAACCCUACAGCAAGGCUGUGGAUUGCUGGUCCAUUGGCGUCAUCACUUACAUAUUGUUGUGUGGGUAUCCCCCCUUCUAUGAAGAAACGGAGUCGAAGCUCUUCGAGAAGAUCAAGGAGGGCUACUAUGAAUUUGAGUCUCCAUUCUGGGAUGACAUUUCUGAGUCAGCUAAGGAUUUUAUUUGCCACCUGCUGGAGAAGGACCCGAAUGAACGGUACACCUGCGAGAAGGCCUUGAGGCACCCGUGGAUUGAUGGGAACACAGCCCUCCACCGGGACAUUUACCCUUCAGUCAGUCUCCAGAUCCAGAAGAACUUUGCCAAGAGCAAGUGGAGGCAAGCCUUCAACGCGGCCGCUGUGGUCCACCACAUGAGGAAGCUGCACAUGAACCUGCACAGCCCAGGCCUCCGCCCAGAGGUGGAGAACAGACCACCCAGCACCCCAGUCUCAGAAGCCUCCAGAUCCAGCUCCUCUGAGAUCACCGUCCCCGAGGCCCCGGCCCUGGAGCAGAGCGAGGCCCUGACGCGGCUGCCCUGCCAGCUCGGUGCCCGGCCAGCAGCUCCCGGGGGCCGGUCCCUCAACUGCCUGGUCAACGGCUCGCUCCGCAUCAGCAGCAGCCUGGUGCCCAUGCAGCAGGGGCCCCUGGCCGCUGGGCCCUGCGGCUGCUGCUCCAGCUGCCUGAGCAUCGGGGGCAAAGGGAAGUCCUCCUACAGCUCCGAGCCCGCGCUGCUCAAAAAGGCCAACAAGAAACAGAACUACAAAUCAGAGGUCAUGGUGCCAGUUAAAGCGGGUGGCGGUUCCCACUGCCGGGCGGGGCAGACUGGAGUCUGUCUCAUUAUGUGAUCCCUGGAGCCCGCGUCUGGGUCGAUUUUCAGGU